AUGUCUGAUUCCGAACAGAUAAUGGAGGAAAGCCAACCCCUGACCGAAGAAAAUGAGCGGGGCGAAGACAAACCCAUGUCUAAUUCCGACGACUCUGAUUCGGAGGACGAAGCUCAGCAGAGUCUCCAACUUGAGUCUCUCGAGACCGAGCUUGCUGCUAAUCCCUCUAAUUACGAUGCUCAUUUGCAGUAUAUAACGCUUCUGAGGAGAACUGGUGAUGUUGAUAAACUUAGAAGAGCCAGGGAAGCUAUGAGUGAACUCUUUCCUUUGAGCCCUGCAAUGUGGCGUCAAUGGAUCAAAGAUGAGCUUUCUCUCGUCACUGCUUCUCGACCCGAGGCUUUCUCUCGAAUUCUGAACCUUUACGAACGAGGGGUGUUUGACUAUAAGUCUAUCUCUCUUUGGUGUGACUACAUUAAUUUUGUCCAAGAGUUUGACCCAAUGGUACGCCAAUGUACACCUACUGGUAUUUCCAAGGCAAGGGAUCUGUUUGAGAGUGCCCUUACUGCAGCUGGUUUGCAUCUCGCUGAAGGAAGUAAAAUAUGGGAAGCAUACAGGAUUUAUGAGCAGACUAUACUUUUAACCAUCGAUGAGACUGAUGCACAGGCCAAAGAAAAGCAAGUUCAACGCAUUCGAAGCUUAUUUCACCGCCAGUUGUCUAUUCCCCUGGCUGAUAUGAGUUCAACACUUACUGCCUACAAGACUUGGGAGAUGGAACAAAGAAAUCUUCAAGAUGUUGAAUCCAUUGACUUGGUUGAUAUUGAUCCUAAUGUUGCAUCUUCAUACCAGAAGGCCUUGGAGAUGUACAAUGCUCGUUUUCAUCUUGAAGAACAGAUUUUGAGGCCGAAUAUUUCUGAUUCAGAAAGACUACAACACUACAUGAACUAUUUGAAAUUUGAGCAAUCUUAUGGAAUGCCAGCCAGAAUUCAAGUUCUAUAUGAACGAGCUAUAACUGAGUUUCCUAUAACACCUGAUCUCUGGCUUGAUUAUACUCGCUAUUUAGACAACACUUUGAAGGUUGGUAAUAUUGUCAACAAUGUUUAUUCUAGGGCGACUAAGAACUGCCCUUGGGUUGGAGAACUUUGGAUUCGGUAUUUGCUUUGCUUGGAGCGUGGUCAUACUUCUGAGAAAGACUUGUCUGAAAUCUUUGAGAAGUCCCUGCAAUGUAGCCUUUCGACUGUUGAUGAGUAUCUUGAUCUGUUUCUUACCCGGGUAGAUGGCUUAAGGCGAAGAAUGACAUCCAACAGUGAAGAGGAUUUGGAAUAUAAAUUAAUAAGGGAGACCUUUCAGCGUGCAUCGGAAUAUCUGUCGCCACACUUGAAGAACACUGAGGGUUUACUACAUUUAUAUGCGUAUUGGGCUCGUUUAGAAACAAAACUUGGGAAAGAUAUAACUGCAGCUCGGGGAGUUUGGGAGAAUUGUCUAAAGAUAUGUGGUUCAAUGUUGGAGUCAUGGAAUGGUUAUAUAGCAAUGGAAGUGGAAUUGGGUCACAUAAAUGAAGCAAGGUCCAUAUACAAGAGAUGCUACAGUAAAAGACUUUCUGGGACGGGUUCAGAGGACAUAUGUCACUCAUGGUUACGCUUUGAGAGGGAAUUUGGCAAGUUGGAAGAUUUUGAUCAUGCACUACACAAGGUUACCCCCCGGCUCGAAGAGCUACAGUUAUUUAGGAUACAGCAAGAAUCCAAGUCUGCAGAGGAAAGUGAAAGGAAUCUUAAACGAAAUGCUCGUGAAAAGAGAAAGCUGGGGUCAGAUAUAACUGAAGAACAGUCUCCAUCAAAGCGACUUAGAGAUAUGGGAAAUCCAAGGAAUGCACCUGAGGAGAACAAAUAUAAAGAUCAGAACACUUCCCAUGUUACAAAAGUGGAAGGGGUCAAUUUGAAGAAUAAUAAAAUGGACGAUACCCCAAGUGGGCAACAGUUUAGCCACGAAAAGAACAAGACAUACUCUGACCAGUGCACUGCUUUUAUAUCAAACAUUCAUCCUACGGCAAAUUAUGAGCAUAUUCGUAAUUUCUUCAAUGAUGUUGGUGGAAUUGUUGCCAUCCGCAUCCUACAUGACAAAUUUACAGGGAAAUCAAGGGGAUUAGCAUAUGUGGACUUUUUGGAUGAUGAACACCUUGCUGCUGCAGUAGCUAAGAACAAGCAAAAGUUAAUUGGAAAGAAACUAAGUAUUGCUCGGUCUGACCCAAAGCGAGGUGGACGGGAAUCUUCCAAUUCCAAAACAUUGACAGGACAUGCACAUACCACGAAUCAUUCUGGUAAAAAAGGUUCCGUUUCAGAAGAAACUGAUGAUACUUACAACGGAGAUAUAAAGGACGCAAAGUUCUCUUCUAGAAAACAAGGAAAUGAUAACAUCCUGCUUAGAGGGAAGAAUACUUUUGCCGUGCCUAGAAAUGUAAGACCACUUGGUUUUACUGCAAAUAAACCAAUAGCAGAAGAGGGGGAUGAGAAGCCAAAAUCCAAUGAAGAAUUCAGAAAAAUGUUCAUUCGUUAA